AUGGAGGACCUGGGCGUGGACUCUGGCGGCUUCGGCCAGCUCAUCACCCAGAUGCGCACACGACCCAAACUGCACAAGGUGGACCUCCAGAUGCUCUUCGAGUACCCCACGGUGCAGGCGCUUGCACAGCAUUUGUCUGAAGAGUCUGAAGACUCGGACGACGAUGUGGUAGCAGACUUUGCGGGCGAGACCUUUGUGGAUGCUUUCUUGGCUUCCGUGGCGAUGAAUCCCCACAGCCUCUGCCGCGAGUCCCAUUGCGAAGCUUUGAGCUACCUGCAGAUGCAGAGGUUGGCCUGUGCCUAUCAGCGGCUGUUGCGUCGCGCCAAGCCACGCAGGCCCGAACCGGUUGCUAUCCUUUUGCAAGGAUACCAGCAGAUGGCUGCGAUGAUUGCAGCAUGCAUGGAGGGUUUCGCCUUCUGCUUGCUUGACACCACAGAACAUCUGGCGGAGCAGCUGCAGCAGCUGGGCCCUUGUGUCAUCAUGGCAGAGGCACAGACGCUGGCGGAGCUAUCCUGGAAGGCCCAAACCAGCGCCGCGUUGGUGGAUGUGAACAGCGCUUCUGCGCUCCUCACGCAACCGCCGCUGGCGAACCUCGGCGCCAAGGCGGAGGACGCCGCCUGCGUGGCUUUGGCGCCUGGCACCCACCCUUUGGUGCUGUCCCACUCGCAGCUGGCGGCUCUAGUGGAGGUCUGGCGCCCGCAUGUGACGCCUUCGAAGCGCGUGCGCCUCAGUGCCGGUUUGGGCACCUGCGCCAGGACGGUGGCCGCCGUGGCCGCGGUGAGCUGUGGGGCCACACUGGUGGAGGAGAGCCCGCAGCUCGUGAUCUCCGAGGUGUCUGGGCGAACUCCCAAAGCGCAGACCUUGGUGGUGGUGGGCCAGACGUGGUUCACCGCCGUGCCGGAAGCCCCUGUGCACCUUCCGCAGAGCGCCACCUGGUCCCAGAUCAGUCGCCUCAGCGGGCCGGCCUCCGCAAGCAGCCUGUCUUUGGCCACCGAGCUGGGGCCCUACAUGCUCGGCCGCGCCAAGAACAGAAGCUAUGGACCCCGCAGCUGGCCGAAGUUGUGUGCGACAGUGCAGGGCCUUGCGAUCUUGGCCCAGCCGGUGAUGGUUGCAGCACGGCUGCUCCUCGCUGAGCGGAUCUUGCUGCCCAUGAUCUUUGUGGCGCCCAUGUGGCUCAUAGCCAUCGCUUUGAUUGCAUUGCUGACCUUCGAGCAAUUUCUCCGUGUGUUCAUCCUGGUGGCCACAAAGUGGAUACUCAUUGGACGCUACCGCGAAGGAGAUCAUGACAUUUACAGCUUGUACUACCUCCGGCACUGGCUAGUGGAGCACUUGGCCAAGGGCACGCUGGUGGGGCAGGCGGCGCAUCAGGGGAGCAGCAUUUCCUUUCUCUUCUUGCGCAACCUCGCAUUGAAGGCCCUGGGCGCGAAGAUCCACUCCACGGCUGUGAUCACUGCGAGAUGCGUGGCCUACGACCUGAUCUCCGUGGACGCGCUCGCCACGGUGCACGGGCCAAGGCACCUGACUGCCGUAAACUACGGGGAGCGCCGUAUGGUGCUGCGACCGGUGAAGGUGGGCGCGGGCGCCUACGUGGGCCCCAACUGCACCUUGGAGCCAGGCUGCGAGGUCGCUCCCGCGGGGUACGUGGAGCCCCUGUCCACAGUGAGCAGCCGCAUGGUGGUGGAGAGCCGGGUGUCGGGCGUGCCGGCAAAGGUGGUGGGUCCCUUGGACCAGAGCCGCCUGGUGAAGCCGGAGGAGGUGCGGAGCUUCCGCCGCUGGGCGGCCGCGCUGGCCACGGGAUACUGGGUCCUCCUCAUCCCCAAGGCUGCGAUGCCCGUGCUGGCUGCGGUGGGCUUUCGACUGAUUACUUCCUUCUACAAGAAUGAGCCGCAGGUGAGCAGUGAGAUGGUGGCAGAUGAGCAGGUGGAUGCCUUGCCGUUGAUGUUCCUGGACCAGCUGAAGUGGAUCCCGGUCCUGGCCUUCGCCGUUUCAACGCUGCAGACGGUGAUGCAGCUCCUAGUAACAGUCGCCUUUUGCCGGCUGCUGCCGAAAGUUCAGCCUCCCUUCCAGCGCUCCCUGGUGAGCAUUCGCGCGCAGAUAGCUGCACUAAAGAUGUCUAUGGUGCUGCAGGCUUCGGAGAUGUUGGCUGAUGCCUCCAUCGUGCCGUGGUUCAUCCGGAUGUGCGGGGCAUCCUUCGGGCAUGGCUGCGCCAUGGGCUUGCAGGUGACUUUGCCGGAGACGCUGGAAGUGGGCCACAGGUGCUUCUUCGCUACGGGCAAUAUCCUGACCAGUGUGGACGUGGACCAAGGUCAAUUCAAAGUGCCUUGCAAGACAGUAAUGAGCGACCACACCUUCCUGGGCAAUCACAACCACCUGCCACAGGGCCUUCCGGAGGGCAGCUUUUGUGGUGUGGGCACUUGGCUACCGAAUCGGCCCACAGAGCCCAACAUGAGCUACUUCGGGAAUCCCGCGAUGAAGUUCCGCCGCCUCGCCAACCAAUCCGCAGGCGCCCGCCAGGGCCCAGAGCGCGCGAGUUGCUUGGCGCGGAUGUGGCACCACUUCAGCACCAGCGUCAUGGACGUGUUCCUCUACCGCGGCGUGCAGGGCAUGGUCACGGGCCUGGCCAUGCUCAGCAGUCGUCGCUUCUGCCCGGUGAUUGUGCACGUUUGGGAGCCUCUCGCCCUGCUGUUGGUCUACAUGGCCUAUGCCUUAGGCUCCUGGUAUCUCUUCUCAGUGGUGUUGGGCAACCUGCUCUUCAACAGGAGUGCUCCGCACAGCAACGCGUACUACUCCACCACCGUCACACGGUGGUUUACUGCGCUCACUGCGCAGCAGCGGGUCUUCAAACUGCCGUUUCAGACGGCGGGUAGCCGGUGGCAAGCUCCCAUCCUGCGCCUUCUUGGCGCGCGUGUGGGGAAGCGCUUCUUUUGCAUGAAUGAGCUGGUCCUGGUGGACGCACCCUUUACGGAGGUGGGGGACGACGUGACUGUUGAUUAUGACGGCCAGGUUCGAUGCCACUCCUUUGAGGAUUUCCGCCUCAAGUUCACGACCUUCAAGAUCGGCCACGGGGUGACCAUCAUGACAGGUGCAAGUGUUGCCAUGUGCGAUGCCGGAGAUGGAGCGACAUUGCGCCCGGGCAGCCUGACUUGGAAAGGAAGCAACCUGGAGCCGGGCGGCAUCUAUGAAGGCGCGCCAGCGGCUCUGGACCUUGAGCGAGGUCCAACUCUCUUGAGCAAAGCACCGAUGGAGGUGAAAUGA